AGUUAACGUAAUGUAUUCAUCGCGCUGAUCAUGCUUGCCAUAGCGAAAUAGAACCAUUGAAUAUCUUCUACCUAUACUUAGGUAAUCAUUAUAAUUCGCGGUGGGUCGGAUAGAGAUGUGGUACCUACCACUAUUAGUUUACAGUUCUGAAUAAAUCUUAAACAAAUUGCACAGUAUUUUGCAAAAAUUUUUGGAGCUUGUGUGUAUAGAAAUAUGGUAACUUUUUAGUGUAUUCAUAUUUUUGAAUUGAGAAUGGAAACGGACACUUUUUUAGCUAAAAAGAAGCCUGAAGAAAAGAAAGACAACGUUGUGCCGUAUUUUCAGUUGUAUAGGUAUUCAACACUAUUUGACAAAUUCCUUCUUGUUGUUGGAUUCAUUGGUUCGGCAAUAUGCGGUGUCUUACAGCCAUUUUUAAUGAUCCUGUUUGGCGAUGUUUCCGGUGUUAUUGUGGACUAUUCGUCUUUGAUAAGUGGCAAUUUGACAGAGGAUGAAAAGGAUAUUGCUACUCAAAAAAUGCUGGAAGGCACUAAGGAUUUUGCCAUUAUGAGUACUAUAGCAGCAGCUGUGGUUAUAGUAAGCAGUUAUGUUGCUGUGGUGUGUUUUAGUCACAGCGCUAUUCGACAGACAUUCAAAAUGCGAAAGCAUUUUUUUGAAAAAGUUUUGUAUCAAGACGUUUCCUGGUACGAUGUGAACCAGACAGGAGAUUUUGCCAGUAUUAUAACGGAUAACAUUCCUAAAAUAGAAGAUGGAAUUGGAGAAAAAGUUGGAAUGUUGAUAUUCUUCCAAAGCACUUUCGUCACAGGUGUUGUAUGGGCUUUGAUCAAAGGCUGGCAGCUAGCUUUAGUAUGCUUAGCCUCUUUUCCACUUCAAACGUUAGUUAUGGGAGCUAUAGCUUGGUUCUCUGCCAAAUAUUGCAAACAAGAAAUGGCAGCAUACAGUGGAGCUGGUUCUGUAGCCGAGGAAGUCCUCAGCUCCAUAAGAACUGUCGUUGCUUUCGAUGGACAAGACCGAGAAACAAAGCGUUAUGAAGUUUACGUUAAAGAAGCGGAAAGUAACAACGUCAAAAGAUGCCUUUUUAAUGCUCUAAAUCAAGGAUUUAUCUGGUUUCUUGCCUAUUCUUGCUACGCUUUGGCCUUUUGGUAUGGAGUUGGACUAGUUAUUGCCGAAAGAUCGUUGCCUGAAAACGAACAAGUUUACACUCCAGGAAAUAUGAUGGGGGUAUUUUUCUGUACACUUAUUGCCACAUGGAAUUUUGGUAGUGCCGGUCCUUACCUGGAAGUCUUUGGAAUGGCUCGUGGAGCUGCUUAUAAAGUGUUCAACAUUUUGGAUAGCCAGCCCAGCAUGCAUCGCCAAAACAACCUAGGCAAAAGGCCAGUCUUCGUUUCGGACAUUGUGUUCAAAAACAUCCGCUUCAAGUAUCCAGCCAGACCAGAUGUGCAGGUCUUAUCCAACAUAAAUUUGGAAAUAAGUUUUGGGGAAACCGUUGCUUUGGUUGGACACUCAGGUUCAGGAAAAUCUACUUUAGUACAAUUAUUGCAAAGAUUCUACGAUCCAACAUCUGGAUAUAUUACCAUUGACGGUGUCGAUUUAAAAGAUGUCAACUUGAAUUACUUACGCCAAAAUGUUGGCGUUGUUAGUCAAGAACCUUCUCUAUUUGCCACAUCCAUAGCCGAAAAUAUUCGUUAUGGUAAACUAAACGCCACGUUAGAUGAAAUUGUUGCAGCUGCAAAAAAAGCUAAUGCGCACAAGUUUAUUUGCAAACUUCCUCAUGGAUAUCAAACUGUAAUAGGAGAACGAGGAGCUCAGCUAUCCGGUGGCCAAAAACAGCGCAUCGCUAUUGCUAGAGCUUUGAUAAAAGAACCAAAUUUACUUAUUUUGGACGAAGCUACCUCAGCUUUGGAUACUGCUAGUGAAUUGGAAGUCCAAGCAGCUUUGGAUGCAAUCAGUGGAGAGUGUACAAAAAUUAUUGUGGCACAUAGAUUAUCGACUAUACGAAACGCAGAUAGGAUUAUUGUAUUUGACAAAGGACAGAUUGUAGAGGAAGGGUCUCAUACAAAGCUGAUGGAAGCGAAAGGAGUAUAUCAUAAUAUGAUUAAUUCACAAGGCUAUACGGAAUUGAAUAGUGGAGAUGACAUAAAAAGUAAUAUCGAGAAAUCCGAGACCAGAUUUUCGAUCUCCACAGACGAGAAAGUUGAUAUGCCACCUGAAGAAACUGAAAAAUCGAAAGAAGAAGCCAACACAUCUGGUGUACUAUUGAAGAUUAUCAAAACAAACACUCCUGAGUGGUUAUCCAUGGUAGUGGGAUGUUUGGCAUCUCUGGUUAAUGGAGCUUCUUUGCCCAUGUAUGGUUUGAUUUUUGGAGAUAUUUUGGGCGUUUUGUCUAUUCAGGAUAUUUUCUCUCUUCGUUAUCAGGCGAACUUAUACUGCUUGGACUUUCUUUAUCUUGGAUUAGUGUCUGGAGUAGGAAUGUUUUUACAGAUCUUUGCAUUUGGAUAUGCUGGAGAAAAACUGACGUACCGCCUAAGAACCAAAAUGUUCUCGUCCAUGUUACGGCAAGAAAUCGGAUGGUUUGACAAAAAAGAAAAUGGCGUCGGCGCCCUCUGUGCCCAGUUAUCUGGCGACGCAGCCAGUGUUCAAGGGGCUGGGGGUUCUAGGAUUGGAUUGAUCUUAAAUUCGGUUUCUACUUUUAUCUUAUCUACCGUUUUUGGACUUUAUUUGGAAUGGAGGUUGGCGUUGAUAGCAGGAGUGUUCUUUCCAAUUCUGUUUUUCUGCAUUUACUACGAAAGAAUUGCCCUGCAACAGGAAGCUAUUUAUACUCAAAAAUUGUUGGAAAAAUCAGCUAAAAUUGCCGUUGAAGCUAUAGACAACAUGAAAACUGUAAAGUCCCUGGGCUGCGAAAAUAUAUUCUGCGAAUAUUACGUAAAAGAACUGAUACAUUGUAAGAAAAUUGGUUUCAGAAGGUCACAUGUGAGGGCAUUUAUUUUAGGAUGCGCAAGAAGUUUGCAAUUUGUUGCUUACGCUGCAGGCAUGGUCUAUGGAGCGAAAAUUUUAAGUUUGGGCGAAGUCGACUCAGGCACUGUGUUUAAGGUUUUAGAAGUGGUGGUUACCAGUUCGUGGUCUAUUGGUAACGCACUAUCGUUUUCAUCGAAUAUGCAAAAAGGUCUCGUGGCAGCUUCAAGAAUUUUCGCUCUGUUUGAACGAAUUCCAUCUAUAAGAAAUUCUUCGAGUUCAAUUAAACGUCAUUGGGAAAAUCCAAACGUGGAAUACUCCCAAGUAUAUUUCUCAUACCCUACCCGUCCAAAUGUGCAGAUACUCAAUGGUUUCGAUUUAUCCAUUGCCCAUGGAAAAACAGUGGCUCUGGUCGGAAGUAGCGGAUGUGGAAAAUCAACUCUUAUCCAACUUCUGAUUAGAUUUUAUGAUCCAGAUCAUGGAGAUGUCAGUGUCGAAGGAGAAGAUGUUCGAUUUUUGGAUUUGAAGUGCUUGAGGUCUCAAUUAGGGAUUGUUUCUCAAGAGCCCAACUUAUUUGAUUUAACAAUUGCGGAAAACAUCAGCUACGGAGUCAAUGACAGACCAACUUCAAUGAAGGAAAUCGAAGCAGCCGCCAAAGCUGCUAACAUCCAUAACUUUAUCUGUAGUUUACCUCUGGGGUAUGAGACUAGGCUAGGUAAUAAAGGCAAACAGUUAUCGGGCGGACAGAAACAAAGAGUAGCUAUUGCAAGGGCUUUGAUGAGGGAUCCAAAAAUUCUACUUUUAGACGAAGCUACGUCAGCUCUGGAUCACGAAAGUGAAAAAGUUGUUCAGGAAGCUCUGGACAAUGCCAGGCAAGGUAGAACGUGUAUCACGAUAGCCCACAGGUUAACAACCAUUCAAGAUGCAGAUUUAAUUUGUUUUGUAAAGGGGGGACAGGUGGCUGAACUGGGUACACACAAUCAUCUUUUAAACAUAAAAGGUCACUAUUACGAGUUCUACAAGUUGCAGUCUGGCCAAUCUUAGUUUGUAUUUGUGAUUAAAUAGAUGUAUGUUAACGUAUAUAAAGUUUAUAAAAUCAUAUAGAUUAACUUGUGUUCAAAACAAUAAAAAAAUAUAUUUUAUUAUACAGGGUUGUACGUUU